AUGAUGAUGGAAGAUGAUGGUGAUCGGGUGCUGGGCGGGGGUGGCGUCAUCAUGGACGAGCCGCCGUCCAACGCGCGUCGUCGGGCAGACCAGCACCUGCGUAAGCAUGGCGUGCAGCCACAGCGGGCGGUUCGCUUUGAACGCCAGCAGCACGAGCCACUGCCCAAGCUGUACCGUGUAUAUUUGGGCGUGGUCAAAUCGGUCAAGCCCUUUGGUGGCUUUGUCGAACUCGACGGCUUCACCCACGAAGGGUUGCUACACGUGUCUCAACUGUCCAAGUUUCGAGUGGACGAUGUGGAGUCAGUUCUGCAGGUUGGCCAGCAGGUCUUUGUCAAGGUGAUUGAGGUCGGAGAGCCCCCUGAACAUCGGAUCGCUUUAAGUAUCAAGACCGUGGAUCAACGCAACGGCCACGAUAGUGACCCGGCCCAUGUCAUUGCUGAACAGGACAAGCUCAAGAACCGUAGCUUUCGUGAUGAUGAGGUCAAGCGCGUGCAGCUUGAUGCAGUCCUCAACACCGUCUGCACCAAAUGUCAUACCCCAGGGCACCUGGCCAAGGACUGCUUCAAUACCGGCAAAGCCUACGCGCUAGUCACAGAGGACGAGGUAGCCAACGUUGCACCACCAGCGUCAAGCGAAGGACAUGCCAAAAAGCACAAGAAAGACAAGCACAAAAAGGACAAGAAGGAGAGUCGGCACAAGAAGCACCACUCCAAGGAUCACGACGCACAUGAACCGCGUGACACUGACCACCACCAUCAUCACCACCACCAUCAUUCUCAUCACCGCCAUCGUGACUCCAGCCGGGACCAUCAUGACCACGGCAGUCACGACCAGGACCGAGAGCACCGUGAUGAUCGGGACAGAGGACAUCGCGAUGAUCGGGACAGAGGGCAUCGCGAUGAUCGGGACCGAGGGCACCGGGAUGAUUGGGACCGAGGGCACCGGGAUGAUCGGGACCGAGGGCACCGGGAUGAUCGGGACCGAGGGCACCGCAAUGACGACCGAGGCCGUGAGUAUCGCAGCCAUCGUGCAGGACACGAGGCGCCGCACUCAUAUCAUCGCAGCCCCAGCCUUGACCGGGGGUCUCGCUCCAAGCGCUCUGAUCGUGACCGAGACGAGCGGCGAUAG